AUGGAACUCGCCUGUUUACUUCUAUCAGCGGACUCCACUGUGUUCACUGAUCACAAGCCCUUUUCCUUCGCCAUCAACUCCCCUUCUGACAAGUUCAGUCCCCGGGAAAUUCGCCAGCUGGACUACAUCUCGCAGUUCAUCUCAGACAUCCGCCACAUCGACGGAUCAAACAAUGAGGCGGCUGGCGCACUGUCCAUCGCACAUCUCCAACUUUCUCCUGGGAUCAACCCAGCUGAGAUGGCUGUCGAACAACGCCGUGUUGGUUCUCCCUGUGACGAAGACGUUUCCUGA